GGGUGCGAGCGCGGGGGAGCCGUGCGCGCCGCCGCCAUGCGGGAGCGGAGGCCGGCACCGGCCGCCCCGGCCCGGUGCAAGCUGGUGCUGGUGGGGGACGUGCAGUGCGGCAAGACGGCCAUGCUGCAGGUGCUGGCCAAGGAUUGCUACCCUGAGACGUACGUGCCCACCGUGUUUGAGAACUACACGGCGUGUCUGGCCAGCGAGGAGCAGCGGGUGGAACUGAGCCUCUGGGACACCUCCGGCUCCCCCUACUAUGACAACGUGCGGCCCCUGUGCUACAGCGACUCGGACGCCGUCCUGCUCUGCUUCGAUGUCAGCCGGCCUGAGACCCUCGACAGCGCCACCAAGAAGUGGAAGACAGAAAUCCUGGAUUAUUGCCCCAACACGCGCGUGCUGCUCAUCGGCUGCAAGACGGACCUGAGGACAGACCUGAGCACGCUGCUGGAGCUCUCGCACCAGAAACAGGCGCCCAUCUCCUACGAGCAGGGCUGCGCGGCCGCCCGGCAGUUGGGAGCCGAGGGUUACCUGGAGUGUUCGGCCUUCACCUCGGAGAAGAGCGUGCACAGCAUCUUCCGCGCCGCGUCCGGGCUGUGCCUGAGCAGCGCCGCCCCGCAGCCUCCGCGCAGCCCCGGGCGCGGCCUCUCCAAGCGCCUCCUGCACCUCCCCAGCCGCUCCGAGCUCAUCUCCUCCACCUUCAAGAAGGAAAAAGCGAAAAGCUGCUCCGUCAUGUGAAGGGGGGAAGGGAUUCACACACACAC